AGACCCAAGCACGAAAGAUCAAGAUGGAGUGUACGUUAUUUACCCUGACACCCGACGAGAGGUCUACUGUGACAUGACGACAGAUGGAGGAGGGUGGACGGUUUUUCAGAAAAGAAUAGAUGGGUCGACUGAUUUUUAUCGGAUUUGGGAAGAGUACAAACAUGGUUUUGGGGAUCCAAGGAAUAACUACUGGAUAGGGAAUGAUGCAAUCCAUGCUUUAACCAAAGAUGAGGACCAGGAACUGCGAGUAGAACUCCAGAGAUUUAACGGAGAGACAGCGUAUGCUGAAUAUUCCACGUUUUUUAUCGGAAGCGAGACAACUGAAUACCAACUCACAGUCUCCGGGUACUAUGGAACUGCUGGAGACAGCUUAUUUAAUCACAAUGGAAUGAAAUUCACAACAAAAGAUCGUGAAAAUGACAACGACAUAGUUGGUGGUAACUGUGCUAUUCAAUGGCACGGAGCCUGGUGGUACAACGCUUGUCUCCACUCAAACCUGAACGGAGAGUACGCAAAGUCAGCUGUAAAUAAUUCAAAACACCCAAUAUGGUGGGACUGGAAAUGGAAUGAGGCGCUAAAGAAGACUGUGAUGAUGAUUAGAUACCAAAACUGA